AUGAAGGCCAUCAACGAGAACAGCGCCAAGAAGCUGCGGAAGGCCAUAGGCUGCGCCCCGCGCGGCAAGCGCACGGCGUGGAUGCUCAACAUCCAGGUCGGGACCCAAUCGAUCUCGCCGUUUUUGUGGGCGAUUGAGACGGGCAGCCUGGAGGCCGCCAGGGCGAUCAUCCAGGACCUCCUCACGAUCAGGGCGGACCGCGACCGCUACUACUACGGGAUGGACGCCCUGUUCGAGCGCCACGAGGACGUCGUCAGGCGCCUCUGCGUCGAGGCGCCAGCUCUGGUGCCGGUGCUGCUGGACGGGCUGGUGUGGCGCUCGCGCUUCACUGAGGGCGGAACCCGGCGCGUGAACUACUACAUCAAGCACCUGGUCGCGGACAGCAGCGGGGGGUUCUCGAAGGCAGUGGAGUGGAUCACGGACACUGGUGACCCCAAGCUUGUGUCCCACCCGAUCGUGGCGAUGGUGGUGGACACGAUCUGGAACCACGUUGCGUUCCAGACCUUCCUUCUCAACAAGUCGUGGGUGAUCUUCACGACAUGCGUGUUCGUCGUCGGCUCGGGUGGGCUCAGGCACUCGGGCGAGGCAUCACGGUACUUGGUGGCCGCCUGCCGUGGUUUGACAUACGGGUUGAGUCUGGGACAGUGGAUGUACCACCACGUGGUGAGCACAUGCAAGGACGUACGCGGGAGGAGGUUCGCCAAGAUCGGCAUCGUGACCGUUCCGGCCUACCUGGACAAUUUCCAAGAUUGUGCAAGCUUGCUCUUGACAGCGCUACUCUUGGCGAUGCUCGUGAUUGAGCCAGUUCUGCAUUGCUUGCCACACUGGGACGGCGAGUUUGAAGGUUCGGGUGUGUUCACAGAUCAGUGCCCUCAGGUAGAACCAUUGCACCUCAUCUAUUCUCAGUUGAGUGCGAUCGCUACCAUCUUGUUUUUCGGCCUCAUAGUCGAACUCUCGGUAUUCUCUACCAGGGUGUCCGCGUUCGUUUUGGUCUGCUAUCGCGUGCUCUCAGAGGUGUUAUUGUUCUUGCUCGGAUGGGCGUUUGUGAUCCUGACGUGGAGUUGUGCCGUCAGCGCACUGGACCAAAACCACAUGGAUUUCGAGGACAUCCCGUCGUCCGCGAUGUCAUUGGUGAAAAUCACGCUCGGCAUGUACGGCGGUGAGGCGUACCUCAUGCUGCAGCAAGAACCAUCGCUUAUGUUCGCAGUCAUCGCCUACGUAAUUGUGAGCGGAGUCUUCUUACUUAACUUGCUCGUUGCGCAGCUCAACUCUUCCUACCAGGCGACCUUCCACGACAUGCUCGGCUACGCGCGCCUGAAUCGUGGCAAAAUCGUGGCCGACGCCAUGUUGGUCGUCACGGAGAGCCGCUGGAGAAGGUUCGUCAAUAGUUUGAAAUUGGACGAGCGGAUUGAGUUUGGGGAGGGCGACAUCGGCUUGGCUGGGGGCAUCCAGGUUCUCGAGCCCGCCAAUGCGAAUAUCACAACCGUCGACACUAUCCACCGCUUCGGCGGCUCAACGUCGGUACUAGCACAGUGGCCCGAGGACGGACUGCACGCGAGCGACGACGUGGACCGCUUCAAGCGGAUGGAGAAAAUGAUCGCGAAGGCCAUGAAGCGAAUGGGCAGCAAAGGCGGCACCAGGAAGGGUGGCAGGUCCUCCACUGGCGGUUCUUCGGGGGGCCUUUCGCUUUCGCUCGGCUCCAGCGGCGCCGGCACCAGCAGCGGGGGCGACACGAGCGACGGCAAGGACAGCGAGCACGGCGACGACCUGGAGGGCAGCUGA